AUGUUGACUACAUCACCCGAUGGACGGCCUCCAGCUUGCUCGCCAACGAUAAUGCCAACAGUGUCUCCAUCUGUGGUGACGUCUCUUCCACCAUAUACAUUCAAGCCCACUGCAGUUUCUGAUGUUUGCAAUGAAGAUGAGGAAAUCAUCUCCUACUAUCAACAUGGGAAUAACAGGGCCCCACCUCAAGUGCCCAUUUAUGCUGUCGAAUUUGGAAUCGAUGGUUCUGAUAAGACAGUUUCUUUCAAGGUUUUCAAUCCAUUUCAAGACACUCAUGAUAUCUUUGCGCAUUAUGAGACUGUUGGAUUUGGAAGUAUGCAGUGCGGAAACAACAGGAAUAGUGACAGCAACUAUCAAAAUGAUGUUUCGGUGACUGCAAAAUGCAAUUCGAACUCUCAAGCAAUUGUGCACAUUUAUGCUGUAGGCAAAGAGGCCAGAAAUACCAAACGCAACGCCAGCAUGACAAGUGUUCCCGAGUGUUGUAUGGCCGAUGUUGACGACCAACUGCUUCCAGAAGACACUGUCAUUUGGACGUACGCAGUUAACUGUGAAUGCGAAAAGAAACAAGAAGAUUGUUUCUGCAAACCUUAG